AUGUCGUCGCAAAAACAAUCCUACCCGCGCGUGGGCGUUGGCGUCGUCUUAUUCUGCGUACAAACUGGCGAAAUACUCGUCGGGAAACGAAAAGGGUCUCACGGUUCCGGCCAGUGGGCGUUACCCGGCGGCGCGUUGGAGUGGAAAGAAACGUCCUCGUCGUGCGCGAAACGAGAACUGCGCGAGGAAACCGGGAUAGAUUUAAACGAGGUUUGGCACGAGGAAGUGCACGACUCCCUCGACGACGCCUCAGAAAUCGGCGACGACAAGUGUUCUUUCCACACCUGCGAAUCCAUCAUCGACGACAACAAUCACUGGAUAACACUCUUUCGCGUUUUCUUCGUCAACGAGAAAGACGUGAAAGGGAAAGAGAAAACGAUGGAACCGAACAAAUGCGAGGGGUGGAUUUGGCGACGUCCGGAGGACAUUCAAGAGCCGAUGUUUACGCCGCUCAGGAAACUGUUACGGAGCGGGAAGUUGCUAAAACUCUUCUCGAUGAUAUGA